AUGUCAGUUGCCAAGACUACGGGUGACGCGUCCAAACUCAUCUUGCCUGUUAAGCUCGAGAAAUUUCGCCCUCCUGGUCUUCUGAAAGACCUAGAGGGUGAACAGCUUGAUAGAUGGUCGCAGACAGUCGACGGAUGGUUCGGCCAAGAGAUAAACGGUGACUUUCCAGGACGGACUAAACUUGUUCAGUUCUUCAACCCUACUACCUUCGAUCACGACCAAAGUCUCCCUCCUGUGCCUAUCACCUGGGUUGGGUUUCCUCUGAGCGUCAGAAUCAAGCAGCCUACAGAUGACGCUCGAUGGGCGUACGCAGAGAACCCUGAGAAUCAGCGUGUUCCUGAAGGCAAGAAUGUUGUGCCUCCCUUGAUCCAAGAGUUUCAUCAAAAGAACCCACGCACAGGAGAAGAUGAGAUUAUCGUGGUCAAACGGCAACGUGAAGAUCGCUGGGUGAUGGACGAAUAUCUCGAAUGGUCUACCAAGAAGGUCGAUGGAGACGUUCAGGUAGUGAGCUUUACAUGUGAGGGGCCUGAGUACUGGGAAGAGGUUGCCAGGUAUAACCCGAUUCUGACUGAGACCCCCAUCAAGAAUCCAGCCCCCCAAAAGUAUGAGAGAAACAACAAGAUCCUCGAUAUUUACAAGAAGCUCAAUCCUGAUUUUGCGGAUCAAAUCAAGGGCGAUGACCUAGUCAAUGAAGAUGGGACCUAUGACAAGUUCAACAAGUGGAAUGGUCAUACCGACACUGGUACCAUCGCUCAUCUCAUCCAAUACAACAACAGUCUCAGCGCUGAGAUUGACAUCGCUGCUCAAGCUACCGUCACUCGAACUGACUUGGUCUACGGUGAGACUAUCACCAAUAUGCUCACACUCUGCGGUGAUGCAUCCUCGUACGGCAACCCGGGAAGAAACUCAGAUCCCACGGUAAGAAACCAAUUCUUCAACGAAACAAUCGAGUCUAAUGGACGACAGAUUGGUGCAGCAGUCAACGAAGUUUGCCGUCUUGCAAGGGAUACGGUGCUGCCUAUCGAUGCUAGCAUCUCAGUCAAGGACCCUGUUGCCCUGUACAUAUACGACGCAGACUUCUCGUCUUUCCUGCUUGAUCGCACUGGCAAGCGACGUGGCAACCCUCGUGAGAUGAGCCCUGUCCCGGACGGGGUCUUUGAUUGGUGCGAUCGAGGUGACAUCACGGAGAACAUGGGUCUUCACCUGCGUGUCUCCAUUCCCAAAGGCAUGAAGACGGAUGACGGCAGCCGAGACCUCAAUGUCAGUGAUCUUUUCGACCAGAACAACGGCGGUCGCUACGUUCACUAUGGAAGCCAAUUUGCCGAUUACAUCUUCAUGAGCGUCUCUGGUGUCGUUGGCCCCCGGAGUAAAGAUGAAACCUGGCCUGGAGAACCUCAGCCAGCCCUGACCUACACAGCGCCAUAUCUGGAGAAACCAAUUGUUGAACCCAAGGUCCUCGAACCCGCCCCGGAUAUUGGUGUUAGUAAGAUGUCGGUAAAUACGUUUGCUAAUGGAGAGAUCAAUGCGGUCGUAACGACAGCUGAUAUCAAGGUACUGAAAAGCAUGGUUGCGGCGAAGCAAGGUCCCCCAGAUUUCAUGGGCAUGCCAGAGCCUGGUCCUCCCAAUGGGCCGGACUUCCAGCGUGUCAAGCCAAAGCUGAUUUACUGA